AUGAACCCAGCUUGGACGAUGACGGAACGCACUCGAGCACCACCCCAAACGCAAGCACUUCAAUUCGAAGACUAUGAUGACUUCGUCAGCCAAAGCGACGACAGCCAAAAUGGCUCAGUCGCUGGUUCUUCUGUGCAUACACAAGGUUCCGAAGCAUCUUUCUCGGGCAAAGCUGCACUCCCAGAGGGCAGCUACGAUUUUCACAACAAGUGGACCGUGACCAACGAGCCGCUCUUCGAUACAAGCGAGCCCUUUGCGGACCAACAAAGUCCCUCCCGCGGGUCUCUGUCGUCAUUCAUCGUGUCAGACAGCGACGAGACCGACAGCGAGGACUUUGACUAUAGCCCCAUCUUGCGAAGAAUAGCAGCUCGUGGUAUCUUCUCGGCGUACGUCUCUGACUUCAUGGACCCCGGCAACGACGUGAAGACUUCCGACGACGACGUAACGGCCCGGGAAGACGGCAUGAGCCGCGUGCCGCGAGCCUCUCAUUCCACACCGCCGAGACCCAGCACCGCUUCUCCUCCGACGGUCAUCGGUUCGAGUAGCGAGCACAGCGAUCCUGGCGACUCGGUGUACGGCUCGUGUCCUUGCUCUACUUACCUCGCCGGCUGUGAUUGCGGGUGUCUACGUUUGCGCUCUUCAGACGACGAUUUUGAGCAAGAUGUAGCUAGAUCGCCAAGGAAGCCUGCGAGGCCGUGGUGGCGGCGGGCGUGGGCUGUUGUCUUCGUCCUAUGCGUCAUCUUGUUUGUGCCGGCGCCCGGGGCGGAGUACUGGAAGAUCCGUAGGUGA